AUGGUAUUAGCAUUUAAUUUGGAUAUUCAUGCACCAAUCUAUAAAAUUGGUCCAAAUGAUUCAUAUUUUGGUUUUGCUGUUGCGGAACAUUUCAAAGAGAAUCUCCCUGUAAUUCUUGUCGGUGCUCCAAAAGCUGAAUCAGGUCAACCAGGUACUGAACAUGCUGGAGCUGUUUAUUCAUGUCCAAUAACAGCACGUUAUAUUUACAGUGAUAGUGCAAGUGCUACUGUGAAUUCCGGAUGGUGUCAACAGGAAAAUGUUGAAUAUGAUAGCAUUGAGGAGAUGCAUAAACCGGUAAAUAGUGUACUUGGCCGGCAAUUACAUUUCCAAGGUAAAAACAGGCAAUUAUUGGGUUCAGUAGUUGUAAGUGCCGGAAUACCGAAUGGAAUGGCAAUGGCCUGUGCACCAUUGGUACGAUAUCAUAAUAGUUCAGCUUAUACAGAUGGUACUUGUUUUGUGCUUGAAAGUGAUCUCACGCAAAAGGAAAUUCUUGUAUCGUGUUCACAACCAGGUUUACCUCGAACAGAUAGACAUAACGAAUUUGGUUCUUGCAUGGAAGGUUUUAGUGGUUUUGUUGACGAAUCAAUGGUUAUCACUGGUUUACCUGGUGCAAAAAAGUGGACAGGUGGUGUAUUUGGACGAUACUAUCCAAAAGAUAUAUUUGCAAUGAAUCGCGAUCGCUGGACAAUGGGUGUCGAUCCAAAAUUGCAUGGUAUACGAUCGAAGUUCCAAGGACAUGAUUAUCUUGGAUUUUCUGUACGACAUGGUCGUUUUGGUUUUUGGUUUGAAGAUAAAGAUAAUACAACAAUUGUGGCCGGUGCUACGCGAUACAAUCAAACGGGUGCUGUAACUUUUCUGCCAUUCCGUAACGGUCAUUCACCGAAUUCUCAAACUUCGCAUUAUUUGACCCUUACGGAAGAUAGCUUUAUGCUCCAAGGUUCACAACUUGGCUCAGCAUUUGGUUAUGCAAUUGAAGUUAUCGAUCUAAACAAUGAUAGAUUUGAUGAUUUAUUAGUUGGAGCACCUUUUGAAUACUCAGAAACAGUUGAUGGCUCAUUUGGUGGUGCUGUAUAUAUAUUUUAUUCAUCCGGAAUUCGACGUAAACGUCAUGAAAAUGCGAACGUCUUCCUAAAGCCAAUUAAAAUUCGCGGUCAAGGAAUUUACUCGCAAUUUGGUCUAGCAAUAACACGUCUGGGAAACGUGGACGGUGAUAAUAAUAAUUACAACGAUUUCGCUGUUGGUGCACCAUUUACUGAUAAUGGUAAAGGUGCAGUGUACAUUUAUCUUGGUGCAAAAUCAUCAAAUACCUUUAAACCUGAACCUGUACAGAUAAUAAGUGCUGAUGAAUUACCACGAAUAAAUUUGCAUAUGAAAGCACUGAAAACUUUUGGAUUUUCAUUAUCCGGUGGAUCAGAUUUGGAUGGCAAUGGUUACAAUGAUUUAGUUAUUGGUGCUUUUGCAUCUGAUACAGUCAUCCUACUUCGAGCUAGGCCAGUAAUUUAUAUCACUGCUCAGCAUAUUGAUAAUGAUAUGAAAAUUGAUAUCGACGGUGACUCAUCGUGUUUUAGAACUGCACAAACAUGUUUUUCAAUCAGUACGGAACUAUCGAUGGAUAAAACAAAUAUAAAAAAUUCAUCAAAGUUACUAAAUUUUGAUAGUGAUGUUUUUAAAUGUAUGCUUGAGGUUAUAGCAAUGAGUUCAGGAGUAGGGACUCGAGCACGUAUCCUUGAAUCACGCAAGGAGAAUUACACGUGGAAUUGUGGACGAGGUGCUAAUCAAAAACCACAAAUAAAAAAUCACAAACUUUUCAUUACAAAUACAAAUAGCGAUUGGAUAAAUCCAAUAAAAUUACGAUUUUCUGUGCAAUUACGAAAUGAAGCGAUCCCAAAAAUGCCUCGAAAUGGUGGCAAAAUAGUUGAUAUGAAUUUAUAUCCUGUUUUGAAUAAGUAUGGAUCUGAGGAUACAUUCAUUAUACACUUUAAUCGAAAAUGUGGUGUUGAUAAUGUUUGUACAAGUGAUUUGCAACUACUAGCUGUGCUACCGGGAAUAUCGCAAGAAGAAGAUGGAACAUAUGUAACACAAGUAGGUGAAAAAACCACCAUUGAUAUAUCAUUUUUGGUUAAAAACAAUGCUGAAAGAGCCUAUGAGGCAACAUUAUUCAUUGAAUACAAUUCGGAUGAAUUAGAUAUUCCAAUUUUGAUUAGAAAAGAUAGUCCUGUCAAUAUUGAUGAUUUCAAAGGUAAUCUAGCUAUCAUAUCACUUGGAAAUCCUAUGGAACCAAAUAAACAGUUGAAAUUCGAGCUUAGCUUCCGUAUAGCACGUGGACGUACGGAAGGUUUAGGUAAACCUUUGGAGUUUCGAGCUUUUGUUAAUAGUACCAGUGAUGAGAAGAAUUUGGAUGAUAAUUCAUGGAAAACUGUCGUACGUGUAAUCAAACGAGCUGAGUUAGAGCUUAGCGCUGUUUCUGAUCCUUCCAUUGUUAGGUAUGGCGGUGAAAUGAAAGGUGAGUCAGAGAUGGAAUUUGAUGCAGAUGUUGGACCACUUGUCGUGCAUAAAUAUACUGUCACAAAUAAAGGACCUUGGUCAGUGUCAAAUGUCACCCUUCAGGUUGAUUGGCCUUAUCAGAUGGCAAGUGUGUUUACAACAGGUAAAUGGGCAUUAUACCUUAUGGAAACACCAACAAUGCAAUUAACUAAUACUGAUAACAGUAAAGAUAUCAAGCAAUGUACGAUGGUUUUACCACAUGAAUGGAUCAAUCCGUUACAGCUGAAAUUUCUUCUUGAAACCGGAAAUGAGCAAUACUAUGAGGAUGACAAUAACGAUGACAUGGAUCAGGAAAAUGACGAAGAUGACGAAGACCUGAAUCGAUUUAAGCGAACAAUUAAAGAGCACCGCGAAAAGAGGCCAUCUCGAGAGCUGAGAAUAAAAUCAACAAAAAUUCGAGAAAAAUCAGGUGAAGAAGUUGAAAUUGUCAGAGUGAAUUGUGCUGAUAAGACAGCGAAAUGUUUCACAGUCACAUGUCAUUUCGAUUUUCUGGACGUUGAUGCUGCUGCAGUAAUAGAUUUCCGGUCACGUUUAUGGAAUGCUACUUUUGUUGAAGAUUAUUAUGAUAUAGCAUAUGUUGAAAUUUUAUCGUCCGGUCGAUUAAUUCUGGAUCAAGAACAAGGUAUUGAAGAAAGAAAUACGCGAAAUAAUUUUGCAUUUGCAUCAACUCAUGCAUAUCCGGAUCGACCAGCUAUACCGGAAACAGCACCAAUUCCGUGGUGGGUAAUUAUUGCAGCUGCUCUCCUAGGCCUAUUAAUUUUAUUAAUUUUAAUACUCAUUUUUUGGAAGUGUGGAUUCUUUAAACGUAAUCGUCCACAUCAUCCAACACUAUAUCAGGCUGAAUAUCAAUUUCGACGUGAGGAAACAAGUGAGGCAUAG